CAUCGAUCCCAUACUAGUACUACUGAUCAAGUUAAUUACAUACCGAAGUGCAACAACAAGCGCGAACACAACUAAUUGCUCCAGUCCAGUGUAUUACAAGUCGAGUCUAUCAAUCUGCUCGUCGAUCAUGCUCAACUUGUACCCGAGGGGGUCGCCGAGCUCCGCCGCCGACGAAGACAACAUCAACGGCGCCGACGGAUACCGCGUCUUCUACGGCAUCGGCGUGCUCUGCACCUCCAUCUUCCUCUUCUGCGUGCUCGUGGCCUCGGCCUCCGUCGCCGUCUGGAAGGCAUUCGCGUUCGCCGCCGUGGCCGCGCUGCUCCUCGGCAUCCUCGGCUGCUUCGCUCCCAGCCCGAGGACAUGGGUUCGCGGCAGUAGGGGAAGGCCAGCGAGCGCGCUCAUCGCUCUCUCGGCUCCUGAUGGCCGGACACGGGUGCCAGUGCCAGGCCGGUGCGCGUGCGCGUCGUUGCCGGCCGCGCACUUGCCGCCGGCGUUCGCCUACACGUGCCCGCCGCUGGAGAGCGUCGACGGCAAGCAGCAGGAGCAGGCAAUGUGCUGCUCCGUGUGCCUGGAGGACGUGCGCGGCGGCGAGAUGGUGCGGCGGCUGUCGAAUUGCGGGCACGUCUUCCACGUGAAGUGCAUCGACAUGUGGCUACACUCGCACCGGACGUGCCCGAUGUGCCGCUGCGUGAUCGCGCCGCCGCCAAUGGUGGAGGUAGCGAAGGGCGUCGCCGUGGCGGUAGAAGGGGCGCCGGAGUCGUCGGAUGAGUCGUUGCCACCGGUGUAGCUAGGAAAGGGCAUGUACAAGUGUCUGUCACUGUUUCUCCACCAUCUUAAGUUGCGACGAUGUCAAUUUUUAUUCAGCACACAAAAUUCCGUAAAGCUGUGCAUGGGCUGCAACUAAUUAAUCAUGUC